AUGUUGAAUGCUGCCAGAAUGAACUCAUCUCUUUUAUUUAAAGCUCAUCUCCAUAAUGUAACAACAAGAGCCACAAGAAGACUACUUUCACAGAGCUGUAAACUGGGGCAGAAGCAUGUCAGCAGCACCGCAGAUGCUAUUGAAGAACAUAAUACCAUUUCUGAGGUGAUAGAAGAGAUCAAACAGAAAAAGAACCCGGAUAAAGAGGCGAUGAACAGGUUAUUGAAUCCAGUGUUUUUCAAUAAACAGAUCGUCUUCUCUGAUAAAUCACCAUCAUGGACAGGGAUAAUGGAGACGGAUAAAGAUUCUGAUAGCCAGACACCGCUACCCCAUUCCAGUUUCAGGCUUAGUGAUCAUGAUAUAAGAGAUUUACCAAUAUCGGCGACCAGUUAUCAAAAUGUGCGAUUAUCCGGCAUAGAGAAAGCCAUUCAACUAGUGGCAGAAAAAGAGAAGUUGAGAGUAGCAUUGGAACACGCACUAGCCCCACAUUUGAAUCAUUUAAAGAAGACUGUGACCACAGAUAAAGAGUUGUUGGACACUUGCAUGCAUUACUUGGACCAAUACUUGCAAAGGGAUCCCAAGAUGGAGGUUCAAACGAAAAGGUUCAUCGAAGUGAUCCACAAGAGAUCUUGCGAGGAACCAUCCAAUUUACCACAACCUUAUUCAAUAACGUUACCUGCCAUCAUACGGUACAUAUUUGAUAGUGGAGAGUUCAAACUACCUGGAGAUAGAAACUAUAUUAUAUUAAAGACAAUUUACAAUAAAUGCAAAAGUUGUAAAGAUCUCGGCCUUUACCUUGACGUAUGCAACAUCGAUUUCUACAACUUGCUAAUUAAGUUUAUGUGGGAAGAAUAUAAAGAUUUGGUCAUGGUAAAGGAACUGGUAUACGAAAUGGAUGCCAACGGUAUCACCGGUGAUAUUGCCACUACAGAGAUUUUGGAAGAUAUAUGCGAACAAGUGAGGUUUAUAACGGAUGUCAUUGUGAGCGAAAACGCUGGAAUCGGUGAGGCAGACCAGGAGUUGAGUAAAACUAGUGUAUUGUGGUGUACAGAGAAUGCUAAUGUCAUAGACCAGUUGACGAAAUACCUCAAGACGUUGAAAAGAUCGUUGAUGAGGUAA